CAAUCUAAAAUCAUAAUAAAGAUGGCCGAUACUGAUGCCCAAGUUCCAGUCGUUACUGAAGAAAAGAAAACUGAAAAAUCUAUCUUGACUGAAUUACCCAAAGUCAUCCAGAAGUCCCAAAUUAAUGAUGGACUCGUCCACGGAUUAAACGAAGUCGUCAAGGCUUUGGACAGGAAAGAAGCCCAGCUCUGCAUCCUCGCUGAUAACUGUGAGGAGAGCAAGUACACCACUUUGGUCGAAGCCUUCGCUGCCCAAAACAAUAUUCCAUUGAUCCAUGUUGAUGAGAGGAACCAAUUAGGAGAAUGGCUCGGACUUUACAAGAAAGACGAAGAAGGUAACAUCAGAAAACUUAGAGGAGUCUCCUCAUGCGCAAUUAAAGAUUUCGGAGAGGGAUCCACUGCUCUCGAGUAUACCCUCAACUAUGCCAAGGAGCAUUCUAAAUAA